AAAUGAAAAGCCACAGAGCGCACGCACUCAGUGACCACAGGCGAGGCUGAGCGCGCGCAGAGCAUCAAGGCAAGACAGGAGAAACUUUAAGAAGACGCUUUAACUUCUCACAUUAAGGAGGAUUUUAACGGAGCCAUGCUCGCUGCGUGUCUGGAGUUCCUCGGCUUGGCGCUGUGCGUCAUCGGCUCGCUGCUGGUGAUGAUCGCGUGCGGGCUGCCCAUGUGGAAGGUGACCGCGUUCAUCGACUCCAACAUCGUGGUGGCUCAGACCAUCUGGGACGGCCUGUGGAUGUCCUGCGUGGUGCAGAGCACCGGCCAGAUGCAGUGCAAAGUCCACGAUUCGGUGCUGGCCCUGGCGCAGGACCUGCAGACGGCCCGUGCGCUCACGGUCAUCUCUGCCGUGCUGGGGGUGGUCGCCCUCACGGUGACGGUCGCCGGGGCGCAGUGCACCAACUGCAUCAAGGACGAGACGGUGAAGGCGCGGGUGGUGAACGCCGGAGGGGUCAUCUACAUCAUGAGCGGGCUCUUCGUGCUGGUCCCGCUCUGCUGGAUGGCCAACAACAUCAUCGUGGACUUCCACGACCCGCAUCUGCCGCCGUCCAAGAAGCGGGAGAUCGGGGCGGCCAUCUACAUCGGCUGGGCCGCCACGGCGCUGCUGCUGCUCGGUGGGACCCUGCUGUGCUGCUCCUUCUCUCCGGGGGUGAGGGGCACGUAUCCCAUCAAAUACGCCCCCACCAAUACGAUCACAUCCAACGGGACCGAAAAGAAGUACUAUGUAUAAAUUGAGACUUUUAUAUGUUGGACAUUGUUUUUUUUUUGGAAAUGACGCAUCUGCUGUGAAAGUUUGAACUGAUGUGUCAAAAAGAUGCUGAGUCUGUUCAUAGCACAGAGUGGGGCUCAUUGAGGCAUCAUGUGCGCAUCUGCUGUGCGUAAAACUGUAAAAUAUGAGCAUUUUUCAGGCGGCAGGAGUUUAUUCAUGCUCCUAUUGGGUUUUAAUCUGCUUGUAAUGCAUCACAGGGCUGACAAAGUGUUUUAUCAUAUUGUUGUAAUUAUGCCAUUGUGCAGGUUGGGUCCGUUUGUGUGCGUGUGUGGCCUCUGAUUGGCUGCAGAUCUUCAUUGUAUAUAGUUGUUUCCCCUCCCGGUGGACUAAUUUAGUCUGAGACUGGUUCCCACAGUGAACAUGCAGCAGGCACUGAAGCCUUUCCAGACCAAUGAGCACUCAUGAUGUGAUCAGAGAGGGGACUAUUUGCAUUUGAAUACAUGUACAGUGUUUUCUACUUCCUGUCAUUAGACUUUUAAUAGGACAUACUUUUUCUAAUAAAGAAAAUAGAAACAA